CAGCCAUCAGAGAACACGUGAGGUGACGCCUGCUCCGGCUGAUCGAGCAGAAGCAUUGCCCCACCUCGCAGCUUGCAUCCCAUCUAGCUGUCAGCUUCACCUUGGGCAGACUACAACCAUGAAGCUGCUUUUGCUGACUCUGGCUGCACUGCUGCUCUUGUCCCAACUCAUUCCAGGUGACACUCAAAAAUGCUGGAAUCUUCAUGGCAAAUGCCGUAACAGGUGUUCCCGGAAGGAAAGGGUCUACGUGUACUGCACAAACAACAAGAUGUGCUGCGUGAAGCCCAAGUACCAGCCGAAACAGAAGCACUGGCUGUUUUAAGUGCUUUGGAGCCUGGGACCAUGCUCACGCCGCAGCAGCUACCCUGGGUCUAACCAAAGUGGGUUCUCCCACUCAAACAAUAAAUCACUUGGCUGAUU